AUGUCGGUCUGCGAAACACGUUCUCUGCAUGGAGAAAGACUGGAUUUACUGGGAAGGAAUGACAAGUACGUGUCUCUUAUCAACUACAGCAUCCCUCAGCUAUGUCAGUUCACGGUGUGCAUUGACCUAAACCGGACAGCCAAUGUCAGCUCUUGGGCAGCGUUUUCCUACGACACUAACAAUACCUCCACUGACAUAAAUGACAUAGAGCUCGGGCUCUCUGGAGAAAACAAGCAGUUGAGAUUGUAUCUUUUUGGCACCAGACGAGACAUCGAGAUCGAUCUGGCCCUUUUGGUGUGGUAUAGUGUGUGCUGCUUGUGGGACAGCAGGAAACAACUGCUGGAGGUCUACUGCAACGGUGGUCUUGUGCACACCGAAACCAUUGGCAGCGCUGAGUGCCUGAAACCCAACGGUAGCCUGGUGCUGGGUCAUCUGCACAAAAGAAAGGAUGGCUUUAUUGUGCGGGUGAGCAACAGCUUCAUUGGCAGCUUGUACUACUUCCAAAUGUGGGACCAUGUGAUGGGUCGGGAAGAGCUGCUGGACUGUGCCAUGGGCAAUACUGUCAGCUGGAAGGAAGACUACUGGAACUUCAGCAGCAUCCUUCCCGUUGCAGACCGUCACCUGCGCUGUGUCAGCUUCUUUAACGUUGACAUGAACUUCUCUCUUUUCUACAAAACGGCGAGAGCUCCCGAUUACUAUGAUGCAAGGAAGCUUCUUGAAAACUGGUUCAGUGUCAUAUUUACUGGAGAAGAAUUUGCUGUGACAAACUUUAAAGUCAGUAUCCUGAAGACAACUGAGGAGAUAGGCUAUAAAGUGACUUACACAGAAAGAAAUACGUCAGUGAUAACCACUUCCUUGGCUUUGCUGGUGAUGCGUCCAGAUCCCAGCGUGUUUGGAGGACUGGCCUUUGGCGUUACCUCCUACAACAGAGGCAUGGAUCUCAAGAUCAAUGUUCAAGAAAACCCUUUCAAAAAGGCCCUGGCCUCAGUGUUUUUGCCGAAGUCACUGAAGAAAUUCUUAGGCAUCGAGCACUCUGACCCAGACAAGCAUUCGAAGAUCCAGUUUAAGUUUUUUGGCACGACUUCACUCUUUACAGGUAAUGCAGCAGUGCACUGCGUCUUUUGGGACUUUCAGAAGAACAAUGGACUGGGUGGUUGGAAUACAUCAGGGUGUGAAAUGGAAUAUACAGAUAUGAAUUACACAAUCUGUUUUUGUAACCAUCUUACCCAUUUUGGAGUCCUACUGGACUUGUCCCGGACAGAGAUAGAUAUCACACACGAUCGUAUAUUAACUCUGCUCAGCUAUGCAGGAUGUGGUGCUUCUUCCCUGUUUUUGGGUAUAACACUGGUGACAUAUCUAGCCCUGGAAAAGCUGCGGAGAGACAACCCUUCAAAAAUCCUGCUCAAUCUUUGUGCCGCACUGCUGAUGCUCAACAUGCUCUUCCUCACCAAUUCCUGGCUGUCCUCGUUCAACCAGCCUGGUCUCUGUAUCACCGCGGCCGCACUCCUUCACUAUUUCCUUCUUGCAGCUUUCACGUGGAUGUGCCUGGAGUCUGUUCACUUUUACUUCACUCUUGUCAAAGUUUUCAAUGUUUAUGUCCCAAAGUACAUCCUAAAAUGCUGUAUUGCUGGCUGGGGGUUACCAGCAAUUGUCAUUACUAUUGUGCUCAUUAUAAAUAAAGACUUUUAUGGCAAUGGAUCACAUUCUGAGAGCAAUCCAUUCAGCAAUUUUUGCUGGAUUCAAGAGAACACAGUGUUUUACACCUCUGUUGUGGCCUAUGUCUUCUUAAUAUUUUUGACCAAUACAGCCAUGUUCAUCACCGUUCUCCUUCAAAUCCACUCCAUGAAAUCAAGGACACAAAAGAGAUCCAGAAUCUGGAAACGGGUUUUUCUCCAAGACCUCAAAAGUGCUUUCAGCUUGAUGUUCCUUUUGGGCUUAACUUGGGGCUUUGUCUUUUUUGCCUGGGGAGCAGUGCGGAUAUUUUUCCUGUAUCUCUUCAGCAUUUUUAACACCUUGCAAGGGUUCUUUAUCUUUGUCUUUCACUGCCUAAUGAAGGAAGAUGUAGUGAAGCAGUGCAGACUGAAGUUCAUUACAACCCGAGUGCUGUACCUCUGGAAGAUGGUGAGACCGAACAUCCUUGUUCACGAAGAAUACUACCCAUGGAUACAGGGCUACACUAUCCACAGAAAGCAAGACUUUUUCACUGAUACUGAGUUUGUUUUCUUCUGA